GAAGGACAAAUCAUGUUGAUUUACCAAUGCUUCCAAAAGGGGAAUGGCCAAAAUGGUGCAGGACCUGCGGUGGAAGUGGACUCAGUAAUUGCUCUCGUUGUCUUGGCACCGGAGAGUACAGGUAUAUAAUGGGCUUUCAUUUUAUGAAGAUGGAUACAAAUCACACCCAAGAUGAUGAAAAUUAUCGUGUUCAUGAUGACUCUGGAACUUGUAGUGCAGUAGACAUACAUCUUAAGGACGAACAGUUUAAUUCUAGCCAUGAAAGGUGA